CUUACACCAAGCUCAUUAAAAAUUAUGUCAGAAGGGGAUUCCCGCCGAAAGAUUGGUGCUCAGGUGACAGCGAAGGCCUGUCAUGUUGUCCAUUUGAGUGAGUGUGCUCGGCGAUACGGUGCUUUGAGGACCACCAAGGUCGUUGUGGGGACUGUUGUGGAGGUCAACAAUACCAGAAAGGCGCCAAACAACCGUGUAUCAACCUUCAUUACUGCUGACUUUGAUAUUGGUGGAGGAUCAGUCAAGCGGAGCACUCUGAACAUCCGUAGCGUCAAACUCUUCAAACCGGACCAGUCGACAGUACCAUCCAGUCCCGCAGCACCAAUACCGGCAGUAGACAACGCAGACACAGAUUUGGCCGUUCCAGAGCAAGAGGAAGGAGAAGCGGUCUUGCAGGAGACUUCUCCUGAUGAAGAAUUGGAAUUUCCAGCACAACCGAUGAUGGAAAUUGGAAUAGCUGCGGGGGAACAGGUAGCAGGACCUACCGCACAAGUAGCCACGCAGGUUUGGGGUGUUGAAGACGCUUCCUUUGUAAUGGCUCAUGAAACAAAGUGGUAUGCUGACGAGCAAGCUACAUUGAUUGAUAUAAAUGGCAGUGUCCAAAGUAAGCAGUUUGGCAUCAAUACACCAAUUGGCGACCUUCUUGGUCCAGACUCUGACAUUGAUGGAAAAUAUUCGCGGCUGCAAUAUUUUCUUCUCAUGUUUCAACCCGACCAACUGAGCGCCAUGUGUCAGCUAACAAAUGUGCAGCUUGCCCAACAGAACAAGCACUGCAUGUCAACAGGAGAGCUGCUUCGAUUCUUUGGCAUUCUAAUUCUUGCGACAAAAUUUGAAUUUAGCAGUCGAUCGCAAUUGUGGUCCACAACCGCGCCGUCAAAAUACAUUCCUGCCCCUGCAUUCGGAAAAACAGGAAUGUCGCGGCAGCGCUUUGAUGAUCUUUGGCGAAAUAUCCGAUGGAGCAACCAGUGUCCUGAACGGCCGGAAGGUAUGAGCUCCCAUACGUUUCGGUGGCAACUUGUCGAUGAUUUUGUUGAAAGAUACAACAAUCAUCGAGCCAAUACUUUCAAACCAUCUCAUCUUAUUUGUGUGGAUGAAUCAAUGUCGCGAUGGUAUGGACAAGGGGGGGAAUGGAUAAAUCAUGGACUCCCCAAUUAUGUGGCUAUUGACCGAAAGCCCGAAAACGGUUGUGAGAUUCAAAAUGCCGCAUGCGGCUGUUCGGGUAUCAUGCUUCGAUUGAAGGUUGUAAAGGGUAAGACAGCAGCAGAAGAUGAUGGGGACUACAAUGAACAGUUGCUGCAUGGAACAAAGAUCCUCAAAGAGCUUGUCCUUCCUUGGUGGUGGACGGAUCGGAUUGUUUGCGCUGACUCGUAUUUUUCAUCUGUCGGUACAGCUAUGGAGUUGCAGCGACAUGGUUUGAGAUUUAUUGGAGUUGUAAAAACAGCAACAAAACAAUAUCAGAUGAGAUACCUUUCGACUUUAGAGCUGAACCAGAGAGGCGAACGGAGAGGGCUUGUGAUGCGAGAUGUUGAUACAAAUUAUAGCACUCUGUUGGCUUUUGUGUGGAUGGACAGGGACCGCCGAUAUUUUGUGUCGAGUGCUUCCAGUCUGGAUGCAGGCAAGCCCUACGUACGCUAUCGUUGGAGACAGAUUGACCAAUCUCCGGAUGCAGAUCCAGAGAGGCUGGAAAUUAUCAUUCCACAGCCCAAAGCAGCGGAAUUAUACUAUUCUGCAUGUGGGAUGAUUGACAGGCACAAUCGAAGUCGUCAGGAUACACUGAUGCUUGAACGAAAGUUGGGUACAACAAAUUGGUUGACAAGGGUUAACCUCUCAAUAUUUGGAAUGAUUGUUGUUGACACUUGGUUGGCCUACAGUCUGUGUACAGGAAUAGGAAGAGCUAACGGGAGAGAAGAAAAGCAGAAAGACUUCUACACUGCCUUGGCUGAGGAGCUAGUGGAUAACCAAUACGACAAUGUUGGAAGUCGCAGAGUUUUCGUGGAGGCAAAUUUGGACAAUGACAGCCCAGCACUUUCAAGGACUACGGGAGAACCAAGAAGUGGCCUGUACGCACACCUAACACCAACCAAAAAAAGAAGAAAGAACAAAGACGGUAGUUUUAGCAGCAAUAGACUACAAGGACGAUGCUUGGUGUGUUCCAAGAAGACAACAUAUGUUUGCUCAGUGUGCAAAGAUGAAGAAACACCUCACUCCAGAGAACCGUGGGUUUGUUAUACCACCAAGGGGAAGCUGUGCUAUGCAAACCACAUGGCUACCUGUCACGGCGCCUAA